AUGGGCCGCAGACGCGCAGAUGCUGGCUGGCUGGCGGCAGAGCGCCCCCCUCUUGGUCUCCCCGAGGGGCCAGCUGCCAACUUAGCGCACAGCCCUGCUGCCGACCACGUGGCGACUCGCGAGGCAGGCGCCGUGCAGCUGGCCGCCCAGACGCCUCGCAGUGCUCGCAGCGCUGGUGCUCGCAGCGCUGGUGUUCGUAAGCAGGACGGCAAGAUUGGCUCGUCUCUGCGGGCGGCUGGGCAGGCCAGCGGGGCGACCUCCUCAGCCACAGCCCCUCAGCGCAGGCUUGCCGGGUCACGCUCGGAGCCGCCGGAUCCCUCGGAGCCGCUGUCAGAGGCCAGCGGUGGCGCUUCACCGCGGAUUAUGAAUGCACGAACUUCAAGCCAAUGCAUCAGUACAGUGCAAGGCGUGUUUUCGGCGAACGACGCGGAGACACGGCCAGUCUCUUCCCGCUCCUCAUCCGAUUCAGCCAGAGCCCUGCGGCAGAGCGUCCUGCAGGUGGCCCUCCUCGCGGCCUCCCAGACCGCUGCUGCGCCCGCGGCGCAUCCGCAGCUGGCCGCCGGCAGCGCCGCGGAGCCGGCGGCUUCGGCGCCCCUGCUGCCCACGGCAAGCUGGCCUCCAUAUCGGGCUGAGCACGAGCUCUUCCUGGGGCCGUGA